AUGGCGUUGCAGCACGCCAGUCCAGCUAGCUCCACACUGACCACCGGCCGUCAUGGCCGGAGCUCCGCAGCCGUCCUACGUCGGCCACCGACGGAUUCCGGCAGCCGUCUGAGGGUGCACGCGCAGAAGCCCGCCGCGGGAUCCCGUGGUGGCGCGGGAGCCGAGACGACCGCGACGUCGUCCUCGUCCCUCUCGGAGAAUGCCGUCCUCAAGGCCGCCUGGUACGGCUCCGAGCUCCUCGGCAUCGCCGCGUCGCUGUUCCGGCCCGCGCCGUCGUCUCCGGAGGGGGACGCUGGCGGUGGCGGUGACGUGGAGGGAGGCGCGGCGGCGGGGGCGGCCCAGUACCGCGCGGGAGUGGUCGACGCCGUCAAGGCGGACUUCGCGCGGUCCUACUUCGUCACAGGGGAUCUCACGCUGAGAGCUUACGAGGAGGACUGCGAGUUCGCCGAUCCGGCGGGCUCGUUCAGAGGCCUGCGGCGAUUCAAACGGAACUGCACCAAUUUUGGGUCUCUGCUCGAGAAAUCGAACAUGAAGCUCACCAAAUGGGAGGAUCUGGAGGACAAGUCGAUCGGGCACUGGCGUUUCAGCUGCGUCAUGUCGUUCCCGUGGAGGCCUAUCCUGUCAGCAACCGGAAGUGCUUUGCUUCGAAUGUUCACCUCAUUGCGAAUUGCAACUCUUCGAAUGUUCACCUCAUUGCGAAUUGCAACUCUUCGAAUGUUCACCUCAUUGCGAAUUGCAACUCUUCGAAUGUUUACCUCAUUGCGAAUUGCGGUGAUGAAUUAUGAAUAA